AAUAUUCAUGAAGUGCAAAGUUCAGUAAUAAUUUCCUUUUCCUCCCCUAUCUCUGUAGUGGUUUUUGGAUCCUGGUUUGAUCACACACUUGGAUGGUUAACCAGGAGAGACACAGAGAACUUUCUACUAAUGUCCUAUGAGGAGCUACAGAGGGACCUCAGAGGCAGCACGCAAAAAGUGUGUCAAUUUCUGGGCAAAUAUCUGACUCCAGAACAGCUUGAUUCUGCUGCCCAAAACUUGUCCUUUUCAGUCAUGAAAGAAAAUAGCAUGUCCAACAGCAUAAUGCUAAGAAAUCCCAAAGAUGGCACCGUCUCCAAUAUACCAUUGCUGAGAAAGGGCAUCUGUGGUGACUGGAAGAAUCUCUUCACUGUGGCUCAAAGUGAAGCCUUUGACAGAGUCUAUCAGGAGAAGAUGUCGGGGCUGGAUCCUGGUCUCUUCCCCUGGUCGGCACAAUGUUGAUCAAUGCCCCCAUCCACCUACCCCCUCGCCACUCUGCACACCCUCAUCCCGGAUAGGGUUUCUUAGUGUAGUCCUGGCUGUACUGGACUUAGCUCUGUAAACAGGCUGCCCUUGAACUCAGAGAUCUGCUUGCCUCUGCCUCCUGAGUGCUGGGAUUAAAGGUGUGCACCACCAAUGCCUGGCUAUCUGGAUAAAAGACUCUAAACAUUUUAAGGAUUCUGAGGGUUAGCUAUUAAACUUAAAAAAAAUCUAUAUGUGCUUUUUUUUUUUUUAAUUUGUCAUCUGGGUGCAAGUUAGUCAUCUGGGACCAGGAAAUCUGAUGGAGAAAAUGCCUCCAUCAGAUUGGUCUGUAGGAGGGCCCGGCCUACUCAAGGUGGUGCCAUCCUUGGGGAAGUGGCUCUGGGUUGUAUGAAAAAAAAAAAAAAACAAACAAACAAUCUGAUCAAGUCACAGGGAACAAGCCAAUAAGCAUCAUUCCUCCACCAUCUCUACUUAGUUCCUGCCUCAGUUUCCCAUGAUAAUGGACCUGUAAGCCAAAUAAACCCUUCCCUCCCCAUGUUGCUUUUGGUCAGUGCUUUAUCACAGGAAUGGAAUGAAGAUUGAAAUACUAUCCUUUUGAGUUACCAGGUGGUUCAUAUCACAAAACUCAGAGCAAAAUAAUUUUUAAAAAACUUGAGUCUAGAGCAGACAUAUCUGCACCUGGUUUCCAAAACUGAACUGCAAGUAAGGUAUUCAUAAUAAAAUGUUAAUUUAUUGUCGCUUUCAAA